UUCCGCUUACGGCGAAGAGUUGGGUCCACCGCCCGUCAGAGUGCAACCAAUGAUCAGCUUUGAGUCCACUCUCGAACCCGACAUAACCAACAAUCAAAGACUGCAUAACUUGAGAAUUGCUUUACUCGAGAAGAUGAUCGACUCUUUACCCGAAAUACGUAACGUCGGAGGUCUGCGAUCCAUACCAUUCAUGCAGGUGAUUCUUAUGCUAACAUCAGAUCUCGACGGCGAAGGAGAUGCCGACAAAACUGUGUUGAACUCACUGUUGGGCACACUUUUGUCGCAAUUGUCUCAAAACUCUGACGACAUAUCGCUUAUGAUUCAACGAAACGCCACAAAUGAAGUCAAACUAAUUAUAAUGCGUUUACUAAGCAUUUUGAUGUCUCGCGUCCGCACCGGUAGCUCAUCUAAAGUGCCCUCUUCUGCGUCCGAUUUAUUGGAGACGUCUUCGGCCUUCUGUUCCACAGUUACGGCCACUACUCUAAUGCAGUCAAAUAUUCUGGACUUUUGCCUUCAGAUUCUCGUCCAUUUGCUGUCCUAUUGGAAGACCUAUACGAGCGAAGACAGUACGGGAACGUCGGCUCCGUUGGGCACUACGAGCUCCACACCACUCAAGUCACACCUUCUGACACCACCGCCAGAGAUGUCGCCAUUCUUUCUGCGCCAAUACGUGAGAGGACACGCCGACGACGUCUUCGAGUCGUAUCCACAACUGGUGACCGAAAUGAUACUCCGAAUGCCGUAUCAGAUCAAGAAGAUCGCCAACGCUCUGCCCACGAGUCCGGCCACAGCGCAGUUCAGCCCGUGUUGGACGGACUACCUGUGCCAGUAUAUGAUGAUCAAUCUGACGCCAUAUAUCCGCAAACAGGUCCGCAAACUCUUGUCGUACAUCUGCGGCUCGAAAGAGCGCUACCGACAGAUCCGUGACUUACACUCAUUGGAGUCGCAUAUGAGUGAAAUACGCAAACUGUGCCGAAACGGCGGUUUUGUAGAGCACUCGCACCAAAACGGUAUCAUAAACCUGUCCUAUGACGCCCUCAUAUCGCUUAUCGAGCACUUGAAGGCCUGUUCAGAGAUCGCCACAAAUCGUACCAUCAAUUGGCAGAAACUGUGCCAAAAGGACUCCACUUUAUUGCCGUUUCUCAUUCAAGUGAGCUUUCUUUUGGACGAAGGCGUCUCCUCUAUUGUCCUACACUUACUUCAGUGCGCUCUCUGUGCCAAGUCUUCGGCCGCAACCUCUUCCUCCGCUUCCAUCGCUCCCAGUAGUGGUCGUUUCGAUGAGGACAUGGAAGAGCCCAUAAACACUCAUUUAGUGCAACAAAUGUUGAAAUACGUGGACAACAAUCUGUUGUCACAAUUUAUACAAUGCUUUCUAUUGGAGUCUAACUCGAGUUCGCAUCGAUGGGCCGCACACUCUCUCAUCUACAAUAUGUACAAGAGUUUUACGGCUCAACAACAGGAGACACUAUUGGACAUACUGUGGGCGCUGUGGCCUAAACUGCCCUCAUAUGGCAAAAAGGCCGCACAGUUUGUCGACCUUUUGGGUUAUUUUACGCUAAAAAUCAAUUAUAACGACGAAAAGGAGCGCGAAUUCUCCGAGAAAGCGCUUACAGUUUUGCGGCAACAGAACCAACACCUGUUCCGUCACCCGAAUAGCAAUUUAUACAAUACGUUACAAUCGUUGGUCGAGUUUGACGGCUACUAUCUGGAGAGCGAGCCGUGUCUGGUCUGCAAUAAUCCCGAAGUGAAUUACCUGAAUAUGAAAUUGUCGUCCAUUAAAGUGGACUCGAGAUUCACGACAACCACACAUAUCGUCAAACUUAUCGGUUCGCACACCAUAUCGAAGAUUACGCUCAGAAUUUCGGACAUCAAACGAUCAAAAAUGGUGAAAAAUCUAAACAUAUUUUACAACAAUCGAGCCGUGCAUUCGGUGGUGGAGUUGAAGAACAAGACCGCUCUCUGGCAUCGCGCCCGACGCUAUCAACUGUCCGCCGGACAAACAGAGCUGAAGAUCGAGUUCCCGCUGCCGAUCGUGGCCUGCAAUCUGAUGAUAGAAUACGCGGAGUUCUACGAGAAUAUACAGGCGUCGAGCGAGACGUUGCAGUGUCCGCGAUGUUCGGCCACAGUUCCGGCCAAUCCGGGCGUUUGCACCAAUUGCGGCGAAAACGUGUUUCAAUGCCAUAAGUGUCGAGCAAUCAAUUAUGACGAAAAGGAUCCAUUCCUCUGCAAUUCGUGCGGUUUUUGCAAAUACGCAAAGUUUGAUUACACGCUGACAGCCAAACCCACGUGUGCUGUCGACCCCAUCGAGAACGAAGAGGACCGCAAAAAGACUGUUCAAAGCAUUAACUCUCUGCUAGAAAAGGCCGAUCGGGUCUACAAGAGCUUAAUCGCCAACAAACCAUCGUUAGAGCUCUUGCUGUUGAGAAUACAAGAACACGGAAUGAUGGAUAAGUACGACACCGAAUCAGUGCUCAUGUUAGCGCCAAACGCUGGCGCUGGACCUGCCGGUGCGGCCAACAAUCACGUGAACCGAGCCAUACAACAGGUGGCCCUCAAGUACUGUCAAGACUGCAAGUCUUCGUUCGACGAGUUGUCGAAAAUCAUUCAAAAAGUGUUGGCUUCGCGUAAAGAGUUAGUCGAUUACGACAACAAACAGAAAGAGAAGACUUCAAUGCCAUCCAACUUCACGCCACGACUCGGCGCCCGACGCGACUCCAAAGUGACCGCUUCGUUGGCCUCGUCGUCGGGCCGUUGUUUCGGGUGCGCUUCGGCCACUGUUGAGCACUGCAUCACACUUUUGAAAGCGCUGGCAAUCGCACCGAAAUACCGGUCGCUGUUGUGUUCAUACGGAUUGCUCCGCGAAUUAGUCGAUUACAAUCUCCGGAUCGGCUCAAACAACGUUCGCCACGAAGUGCGGCAAUUGUUGUGCUCAUUGAGUCGCGACAACUAUAGGGCGACCGCCGAUCUUAACAAUCUACUCAUGGAUAAGAUAUCGGUAGCGCUGAAGUCAAGAUCGGGCGCCGCCAUCGACUUGUCCUCAUCGGUGCGCCACGAGAUCGCACUCCUGGCCUGUUCUAUGGAGAAGGAGGACUCGUGUUGGGAACUACGGCUCCGCUGUGUAAUGCAAUUAUUCCUAAUGGGUCUGCAAAUUGAUUCGCCGGCAGUACUCGACUCCAUAACACUUCCAUGUCUUCGAUUGCUUCAAUCGCUUAUAAAGCCCGAGACGUCGAUCAGUAAGAAAAACAAAGACAAAUCCAUCGAACAGUUGGCGACCGUUAAGACCAAUGGUUUCCAAAUUAAUGUGGAUUUGAAUAAGUGGUUGGCCGGCGAUCAGAGACACUCAUUCAGGAGUUGGAAACAGAGGUCCGCCAAGAGGUCACCGACGCCUCAACUCUCGACAGACAUUCCCAAUGAGACGAAAAGCAGAGCUGAGAUAAGGCAACAGUAUUUGUGCGAAAAGUAUGGCUUGCGUUGGAAAGAACGGGCGCUUAAAAGUGAUAAACUGGUGGCCGGUCUGGUGAGGGCGAGUUGGUUGCGGUCCAUACUGUUUAACGGCGCGUCCCGUUCCGUGCGAUUGAUGGCCUGUUCGCUGAUCGAAGCCCUCUUCCAGAUUCCCUCACGAAAGCGAGAGAUAAUCGAUUUGUUGACCUCUUAUUUGGACGACUUGGGACAGGCGGGAGAGUUUGCCAACGAGUUCUUCAACUUCUACCACACUAUCAUCCAAAGAGAGCACUGGAAGUACUAUUUGGCACUUCACGGACUCCUCCAACAUCUGGGACUUCUCAUCACUAAAGAGAUCGAUAAUCUGAACCAAUUGGAAGAGAUAACACUCAACUCAGACCUAUCGCAGGGAUGCGCUCUGAAAAUGUUGGUCGAGUUGUUACAGUCGUUGAUUGACGUGUCGACCAUUCGGCGCCAAUACAAGUCCCGAAUGGUUGCCUUCGUUCUCAACGGUUACCUAUCGUUGAGAAAACUGGUCGUUCAGCGAACCAAAGUGAUCGACGAGACCCAGGAGUCGCUGUUGGAACUGUUGGAAGAGAUGACCUCCGGUACGGAACUGGAAACGGCGGCCUUUAUGUCUGUGUGCGUCGAUGCGGUCAACAAAUGCCAAAUACACGACAUGAUUACACCCGUCUUCAUAUUCGAGAGGCUUUGCUCUAUCAUAUAUCCCGAAGAGAACGACUCCAUCGAGUUCUUCAUCACUCUGGAGAAGGAUCCACAACAGGACGACUUCCUACAGAUA